GCAGGGACCUUAUAAAUAGACUCAAACAGGCGCACAGCAGUCACGUCGGAACAGGACCGGAAUACCGGCGUCUACUGGUACUGCUUUAAGAGGACUAUAAUAAACAGCUUGUAGGUGUCGGAAGCCGAAUUAUAAAAUAACACACAUUUUUGGAUAUACAACUAUAUAAAGUAUAAAAUCGUGGAUUAGUGCAAACUCCAACACAUAUCCCACUCAAUACAUGCAGAAACCAGUGGACCUUCAGGAAUCGCGGAGCUUUGAGGUUUUCGCCACUAUAAUCGGCUCUCGAAUGGACCCGCAGCCGAGCGCGCCCCCGAUGAACCUGCACAUCCACUCCACUACGGGCACGCGCUUCGAGCUCUGCCUCCCCGCCGAGGAGACUGUGGAGGGGCUGAAGAGGAGGCUGUCUCAGAGGCUCAAGGUGCCCAAAGAGAGACUUGCACUUCUGCACAAAGAGACGCGCCUGAGUUCAGGGAAGCUUCAGGAUUUGGGCAUUACAGAUGGGAGCAAGUUAACUCUUGUACCAACAGUUGAAGCAGGUCUAAUGUCUCAAGCAUCAAGACCAGAGCAGUCGGUCAUGCAGGCUUUGGAGAGUCUGACUGAAACCCAGGUCAGCGACUUCCUGUCUGGCCGCUCUCCUCUGACCUUGGCCCUGCGCGUGGGCGAUCACAUGAUGUUUGUCCAGCUGCAGUUGGCAGCACAGCACUCGGGCAACCAGCAGUCACAGCACAGGCAUCUUGUCACACGUAGUAGCUCUGAUGGCACAACAGGACAUUCAGCAGGUGCUGCAGCCAUUACUGGCACCCAGAACCGGGUUUCUCACAACCAACACGCACACCCACACCAUCUGCAAACAACGCUUCCACCCAGCCCUGUGAGCCAUACACCUUUUCCCUCUUCUCCUUCUGGCCACUCUAUUCCCCCUAUGUAUCCCACCUCAACAUCCAGGCACUGCAGCACCCCAACCCGCUCUUCGCAUCUCCCAGAAGGUAUCUUCCGUUCUCAGCAGCCGCUGUCGGCUUGUCAGAACUCCACCAGCAGCUCUACCCCUGCUGGUCCCUGUCCAGAGGCAAAUUGCACCACAAAGGCUACAAGCAAUUGCAGUGCACCAUCACGUUCACGUAAACCAGGUGCUAUCAUCGAAAGCUUCGUCAACCAUGCUCCUGGAGUCUUCUCUGGGACGUUUUCAGGCACUUUGCACCCAAACUGUCAGGACAGCAGUGGGCGGCCACGGCGUGACAUCGGCACCAUUUUGCAAAUCUUGAAUGACCUCCUGAGCGCCACACGCCACUACCAGGGCAUGCCCGCCUCUCUCACACAGCUCCGCUACCAGACACAGUGCAGUGGUGCAGCAUCUCCAGUGCCCUCACCACCGCCUUCACCUCCAGCCACAGCCGAGCUUGCCAGCCUCUCCUCCAAAGCUACCUCUGUGCCGUCUGUGAGCCAGGCACCUCUCCACCCACUGGUGCAGUGCCAGAGCCAGGUCCGAAUGUGCAAACCUCCUGGUGACCGACUAAGACAGACUGAGAACCGAGCAACGCGCUGUAAAGUGGAGCGGCUGCAGCUGCUCAUGCAGCAGAAGCGGCUAAGGCGGAAGGCUCGGAGGGACUCUCGCGCUCCCUACCAGUGGCUCCCCAAUCGCAAGGCUGGACGCAGUAACAGUAACAGCAGCAUGUCCAGUGAAGGUUCGCUUGACCUGGACUUUGAUGACUCUGUAUGGAAACCGGACGUCAAGGCCGACAUGAAGUCAGAGUUCAUCAUGGCCUGAAACAACAAUGUCUUAACUGAGGAGUGGCAUCGAAGUUGUUUUAUGUACAGAAACAGGAAUAAUGUGAGACUGUAAGGCUGGUGUUGACUGAGAAAACCCAAAUGCAUCAUACACUUCCCUUCAAACAGACUUGUUUCACAAAGGAAGUUAAACUGACCUUUACCAUGUAUCCCUAUCAGCCUAUGGUUAUGAAAAUGGACUGAAAAAAAACUUGCGAGAAGUAAAAGCAAGAAAGGAGCAUAGCAGACUUCAAUGGUGUAGGGUAUUUUUUUUUUUUUCUUCUUUUUCCCCUCCUUUCCCAAGGAGAACACAGGGAUGGAAAUCCAUCCAGGGCGAAUGCAGCUAUCACAUCCAGAAGACUUUUUUUUUUUUUUUUUAAAUUAACCCCCCCUCCUUUCUUCCCACAGGGGCAUUCACAACUUAUGAAGCAGAUGGGGAUUUUGUUUGCUUUUUAUUCCUAUUAAUCAAUUUACUAUUUUGAAACCAAUAUGUAGCAUUACCCACAUAGCAUUCAGGUUUCCAAUCUUAUGGAUGAAGAGGUUUUAUUUGCACAUAUCUUUUUGAUUUAACAGUCAAUACAAGAAAUGGUACAGUGCAUUUUGAGCCUAACAAAGCUUUUUAAAUGCAGCUUGGUGUAGUGAUGGGUUUAAAGAGGGAACCACAAAAGCAAAACACAACUUGUAAAGACAGUCCAAUUUCAUAUUUAAUCGAGUUCUGUUCAAAUCUGACAUGGCUAGUUCUCUAAACAUCCAGAGUUUCUUUAACAUUGCUUGGUGCAUUUCCCAUAAAAUCUCUUCUCUCUGCACUCAUGAGAAAAUUGCUGAUUAACAUAUCCUCAAAGCAUUUGAGCCCAUCCUUCCACUUGAGAAGUCUCCUGUCUUGUCUAUGUGAUGGUAGUCUCUUGAGAGAACCUUUUUGCAAAUUGCUCUUAAGUGAUGGCCUACUUAAAUUACCCUUGUUUAAGACCCUUAUUCUGUCUUGUUAGAUGGAGAAAGAGGAGAACAAUAGGCCUAGGGCCAUCGUCUUUCCCCUGUUCGAUAGUGCCUCACGGGUAGAUGCACUAACAUCCAAUUAGGCCUUGCACAGACCCACAGGUCUGCAACUACACAGGAUUUUACUUUGCAUGCAAAUGUGUGAAUUAUGCUUUUUUUUUUUUGGUUAAAAAAAAUAAAAUAUAAAAUGCAGGUGCUUAUGAAUGCGUUUGUAAAAAGAAAAGAGAGAAUGUUGCUUGGGAUUUGCUAAUUAGAAAUGUUACAUAUCAGUGGCGAACCAACACCCAAGGGCAGGACUCUUUGUUUCAGUGUUCAUGGAUCAUUCCUGGACUGUAGUGAGCUUGGGACAAAUGAACAUUUUUAGCAACACAGCAAAAAAAAAAAAAAGGAAAAAAAACAGCCCUGAAAUAGCCAACAAGCCCUAGGAGCCACAAUGAUGUUGGACCAGUGUCAAGAAUUUUAUUUAAAAAAAAAAAAGUGGGGCAAAGACCACAAUUGCACUCUUAGAGUUUGCAAUGAGAUUACCUGCAUGAAUGGAACCUGGAUUUUUCUUUCCCCCCCCCAAGUGGCCUUACCUUUCACAAACACAUACUUAGGGACUGGGGGACUCGAUGGGGAGUGUAUUUUGUUGUUGCUGGUGUGAGUGUCAAUUUCUCCAGUUAUUUGGGCAACUCCUUAUUUCUUGAAGGUGGAAGCUCUAAUAUGUCAAGGCUUCUGUGCCUUAAAAAUUGCCCUUUGUUUAAGGAGGGAAGGGGAGCAGGUCCAUCAGCAAUGGUAUCAUGAGCUCUGGUAGAAUUCUUGGUAUUAUUUGUAUUUGCAAAUAUUCAGCACUACUUGGAAGUAAUGGCUCUGGCUUCACAUUUCACUUGUGUGUGCCGUACUUUGUUGUAAAAUCAAGCCCUAAUCUAUCCUACCACCAAGAAGCUAAAAAGCAGCAAAUUUACAAAUUAAAUGUAAAGAACAUUUUAUAAAGGAAAGAGAGGGGGAGACUUGGAUAAUGAUGCUAAUAACGUGGAAGUUUCAGCUGUAGUGCUGCAGCAACAAAGUGCCCUGACUCCUAACAGAUAUGUCCUUUAAGGACAAGUUACUACAUGCACUUCCAUCCUUCUCACACUUCAAAGGACAAAUGUCCCACCCAAAACCAUUUUCAUUUCCAUAUGUUUAUAAAAUAUACUGUGUGUGCGCCUCACCUAUAUGUGAAAUGACGACAAAAAAAAAAGACAAAAAAAAAAUUGAGAUGAGCUUGCGAGUGGGCUGUUGAAGGGGUCAGGAUUGGGGAGGGGGACAUUUCAAAUCCAGUUUGUUGAAGUUCACAUCAUUUGAGUUGCCUGUUCUUUCUUGUAGCCAACAAUUAAAGGUAAUAACGAGAGUCAAAAAUACAAUGUUCUAGCUAUAGACCGGUGUAGCACAUGUGUGACUGUAUUAAUUUAUAAAAACCAAAAUGGUAACUGUGAAUUAUGUAUUUCUUUGUGCAUUUUUUUUUUUUUUUUUAUAAAGUGGGAGAAGGCAAAAUGGGGCAUGUGCCCUAAUUUGUUUUUGUGGAAUAUAAUGGAAAUUAUCAAGUAAAAAAAACAAAAGAAAGUAUCUAAAUAUAUUUUUUUCUUAAGCAAUACAUUUCAGUGUGACUUGUGAUAGGACAUUUUUCUUUUUUUUUAGGUAAUAAAUUGAAAGAAAGCA